CAGGUGCGCGCGCGUUAUUUCCCCAGACAGUCACGCGAGUCAGACGGCGCUCAGAGACACACAGGUGUGCGCGUUCGUUUCCAACUGAGAGAGAAUUAUAGCUACACAGAGAGAGAGAGACAAUGAGGAAAUACUGGCUGAACGAUUUGAGGGGCCUGGUGUUUCGGAACUCCGCCGCCGAUCAGGAGUCUAUCCACGAGAGUGAGAGGCCUGCGUCGCCUCCUGCUAGUAAGCCAGACGGCCACGUGGGCAGCGGAGAUGAGAACGCGGAGCGCGGCAACUGGAGCAACAAGAGGGAGUACAUGCUCUCCAUGGUCGGAUACGCGGUCGGCCUCGGCAACGUCUGGAGAUUCCCCUACCUCACCUACAAACACGGAGGAGGUGCGUUCCUGAUCCCCUAUACCAUCAUGUUGGCGGUGGCUGGAAUCCCCCUCUUCUUCCUGGAGAGCUCAUUGGGCCAGUUUGCCAGCCAGGGACCAAUCAACGUGUGGAGGGCGGUGCCUAUUCUGCAAGGUGUUGGCGUAACCAUGGUGAUAGUUAGCACGCUGGUGUCCAUCUACUACAACGUCAUCAUCGCCUACAGCCUCUUCUACCUCUUCGCCUCCUUCCAGUACCCGUUGCCAUGGAGCUGCCUCGCCUGGUACGGAGACAACUGCACCUCCUCGCCCCGAGUGUGCAGCAACUUCAGCGUGGGCGUGAACUCGAGCCUGGCGAACGUGAGUGUGAGUCUGGGAGAGGGCCUGUUGGUCCUGAACUCUACUGGCGACAACUGCACACAAGAGGGCGCCCUCGCCACCCUGCUCAACACCAACACCAGCAGCCCCAGCGAACGCUACUGGGAUGAGUUCGUUCUGCAGCGUACCCCCUCUAUGGAUGAGUCGGGGCCGGUGGUGUGGCACCUGGCACUCUGUCUGCUGUUGGCAUGGAUACUGGUGGGGGCCGCACUGUUUAAGGGAAUCAAGUCCUCCGGAAAGGUGGUGUACUUCACGGCUACGUUCCCCUACGUGGUGUUGCUGAUCCUGUUGAUCACGGGUUCCAUCCAGGAGGGGGCCAGGAACGGCAUCGAGUAUUACAUAGGAACACAGUCCAACCUCACCAAACUCGCAGAGGCAGAGGUAUGGAAGGACGCGGCGUCUCAGAUCUUCUUCUCGUUGUCCAUCGCGUGGGGCGGUGUCUCGGCGCUCUCGUCCUACAACAGGUUCCAUAACAACUGUUUCCAGGACGCCAUCGUGGUGUGCGUCACCAACUGUGCCACCAGCAUCUUUGCCGGGUUCGCCAUCUUCUCCAUCCUGGGGCACAUGGCACACGUCUACAACAAGCGCGUCGACGAGGUGGUGGCAGCAGGUUUUGGCCUGGCCUUCAUAGCGUAUCCGGAUGCUCUGUCUCAGCUUCCUGUGUCUCCUCUCUGGUCCAUUCUCUUCUUCUUCAUGCUGCUCACUCUCGGACUCGACUCGCAGUUCGCCGGCAUCGAGGUCAUCGCCACAUGUCUGCAGGACGCCUUCCCAUCAUCCUUUAAGUCCAAGAGGGGGCUGGUGACCAUCGGCGUGUGUGUGGUCAUGUUUCUACUUGGACUGCCCUGCGUCACGGGGGCUGGGAUAUACUGGGUGACGUUGAUUGAUCAUUUCUGUGGUGGCUGGGUGCUCCUGUUUUCUGGCCUGUUGGAGCUCAUUGCACUGGCUUAUAUCUAUGGUCUGAAUCGCUUCAUCCAGGACAUUGAGAUGAUGAUUGGUCAGAAGAGCGCCCUCUUCUGGUUGUGGUGGAGAGCAUGCUGGGUCUUCAUCUCUCCUGUAGUCAUACUGGUGAUCCUGGUCUGGUCCCUCUACACGCUUGAGGACCCCACCUACGGCCACGUGCCCUACCCAGACUGGGGCGUCUCCCUGGGGUGGUGCAUCACCGCCUUCUGCCUCGUCUGGAUCCCCAUCGUAGCCGUCUGGAAAGUAGCCACCGCACCAGGAAACCUCUGGCAGCGUGUGAAGUCGGCGUGUCGUCCGUCUGAGGAGUGGGGUCCGUUCCUGGAGAUCCACAGAGGGGGGCGCUACAGCAACAGCCAGGAGCCCGUGCACUGGAGCAGUGGUGGGGGGGAGGUGCACUGGGGGAGCAGCGGUGGUGGGGAAGAGGAGGUGCAGUGGAGGAGUAAUGAGAAGAAGAACGUGGACAUCAACUCUGACAUGUUCAUCAUCUCCAAUAACAACACGCGACUAUAAGAGACCCAAUCUGGAACCCCCACUUCUCAUAGCCUCGAUGCAUAAUACAUCCGAAGAUUGUUGAUGAGAACAACCUUCCCUCAAAACCCUGCCCGCUUUGAUUCAAAACACA